AUGGACUACACUACAACAACAUCAUCAUCAGUAACAACAACAACAACAAAGUCAAAGACGACGGUCAAGGGGUCCUUACCUGCUGCACCGCUGCCGCUACUCCCACUCGAGGUGCGGCCGUCCUUCACUCGCAGCAGGAGCCAACAGAACCUCGCCAGUCCGACCCGUCUCUACAACACCGUCAGCAGUGUCCUGAGCAGGUCCCGCGUCAACUUGCUGUCAUCACCCUCCUCCGAGCAACCCCCUGCUGUCCCUCCCAUCCCCUCAAGCUAUGCUGCACAACAGCAAAGUCCCUCUGCAUUCGCCACCAUGCAAAAAGUCUACCAGUCAUACGAAGACAUCUCCUUUUGGUCAACCCUCUAUGCACAGCAUCACGUACACACCCGUCAGGAGAACCAAGGAGGCGAGAAACAGCAGCAAAAUCAAAGGCGGGAACAGCAACAGCAGCGGCGGCAGGACUGUGGGGAAGCAGCCGGAUCCAUCAAGGUUUGGCAGGUACUCACAAAGACCGUACUCGACGACAACCUUGCUGCCACAAAGCCCACGCCCGAACAACACCCUCAAAAGCAACAACUACAGCAGCAGCAGUUGUCACAACCGAGCGUGCACUUUGAACGACUGCCCAUCAAGGUCCAGACAUCAGCAUCAGCACUAUCCACCGACGGACGCCCAUUCUCCAUCGUCUUCUUCUUCACCGUCGAAACCGCACCAAUGACCCUCUGGUACCUCGAGUCCGCAUUCACCCAGUCAUCAACCGUCCACGAACACAUGGAACUCAUGGGUACCUUCCAACCCAACGACGCGCGGGACCCAACGUCGUUCUAUAUCUACGAGACUCACGCCUUCAACGUUGUCCAGCCCAUACAAGAAGACACCAUGCUCGAUAUUCAUGUCCAGAACCCAGCUGGAACAAUCUAUGCCGAGUUCUCUUACACAUUUAUCAAGGAACCCAAAGUGGGCACAUCGACCUCAAGUGUGUCAUCCACUUCACUGUCCAUGCCGAAUUCUCCCAGGACUACAGCACAUCAGGAAAACAUCAGGUGCAGCAGUACCGACGACAUCGAUGGAUUUGAGCAGGAUGAGCUUGAGCAAGAAGAAGACGACGACGAGCACGACGAAUCUGAAGCAGUCUUUGUCGAGAGCCUCUCAGAAGAACCAGACGCUGGAGAGCACUUUAUGCAGGCGACCUCCGAGUUUUUCUCAAAAAUGGGGUAUUGGUUGUACAACUCCAAGGUCGUUCAGUACAUUUCUCGGGACGACCGGUCGCGGAUAAAGACCCUAUUCCAGACAGAUGACAUUUGGAUCUUGGGAGUCAUCUAUACCUUUGACCAGAGCGAGCUGCCCCUCUCGCUGCACGAGGCUCCGCGCUCUCGGAAGAGCUCAACGUUACAGGCGCAUGCCAUUACAGCCAGUCGAUCAGGAGGAAAUGGAGGGGGUGGUAGUGGAGGAGGAGGAGGAGGAGGAGGUGCUGUGGGUGAUUCGAAAGGCAGUUCUGUGAGCAGCACAAGCCCAGUAUCCGACCACGGCGAUCCUGAGCUCUUACAGCCCAAGCGUAUGGCGGACCGUCCAAGGUCUCAAACCAUCAACUCACCCAGGGCAAGAGCAGAUUCGGACGCCCAUUCCAGGAUAAGCACUUUUUCUCGGAGGGAUAUACCACGGUCGAGGAGCAAGGAGCGGAAAUUGGAGAAGCAGAGAGAAAGGGAAUUGGCCAAGGAGGACGCCAAGGCCAAGAAAAUGGCGCGAGCAAAGGAGCGCGAAUUAGAGAAGGAGCAGCAACGGCAGCUGGAGCGUGAAAAGGCCAAGGAGAAGGCUCGACUCAAGGAGCAGGAAAAGAUGCAAAAGUUCAAGGCCAAGAUCUCGCACCCUCACUUUGAUCGCAACAGCACCCUUGACGGAUCCAGGCAUCUUUCAGCUAUCCUCGCACUUGACUCCAAGGAGCAUGGGUACCUCAAUGUCCAACGUGAACCGCAGCGGAAAUCACAGUCCAUUCAUGGCUACCAAUAUGGGAGCAGGCUGAAUGUCGGGCUCGGUCUAUCUACCGACGCUGUCGAACCAAUGCAACAGGGGGAAGUUACGAACAGUGAGUAUUCACAGGAACCCGCAGCACUGGAAACAUCGCCCGAACACUCUCCGCCUCCACCAAGUGAGCGUCCACGGUCCACCAAACAACGUUUGCUCAACCUCCCAUCAGCGCUUUUGACCAAUCUUCCCCGACAGAGGUCACCGUCAUCUUCCAGCCUUGCGUUGAACAAGCCCUGGAGAGCCAUCUCACCUCGAUCGCCCACCUCUCGGAGCAAGUUGCCGUUGGUCGCCGCCCUCUCUUCGCCAUCAAUGCCUUCGCUUCCUCAUUUCCCGUCGAACCUUUCCAGCCCUCACUCACCAGAACUAGAGUACCCCGCCGGUAUCCUAGACCCGGACGAGACCUCUGAGACUCGACCCGACACCAAUGGCAUCUCAAGGAGAGACCUGAGCUCUUCAUCGCGAUUCUCGACAACGUCUCACCUUUCAGCCGAUAGACAUGCCAGUCAGUCACCUCCUUCGCCUAAUCGAGCGACUCUUACACGAUUUAUGGCCGACUUUCAAUCAAGGAUCUGGUUCACAUACCGCAAGGAAAUCACCAGGAUCGAACCUUCCUUUUACACGUCGGACGCAGGGUGGGGCUGUAUGAUGCGAACGGGCCAAAGCUUACUGGCUCAAGCCUUUGUACAGGUCAUGCUCGGUCGAGACUGGCGCGCGGGACCUUCGGCAUCAGAGGAGAGCUGCAAAAAGUACUGCAGUCUUCUGAGUUGGUUUGCGGAUGAGCCAGAUCGGUACUACAGCAUUCACAACAUUGCGAAAAUGGGUGUUGCAUUGGACAAGCGAGUUGGCGAGUGGUUUGGACCCUCUACCGUCGCUCACGCUCUCAAGCGUCUUUCCUACAGACACCCAGAUUGCCCUGUUGCGAUUAUGGUAUCGAUGGACAGCACUAUCGAGAUAACCGAGCUUGUGAAUGCAGCAACUGGCAAGGAGAUCAGGAGUGGACAAUCAUAUGGGACGACAUCUCCGGGAAGUCCCGACCCACAACGGCAACCACAGCAGCUACCAGGACAGUGGAAGCCUGUAGUGGUGAUGAUGCCUGCCCGCUACGGACUCGACAAACUGAAGGAGGGCUAUGUGGCCAAUUUGAAACAGCUCUUCAAACUACCCCAAUUUCUUGGAAUCGCUGGUGGACGGCCUGGUCGAUCGCUCUACUUUGUUGCUUACCAAGGCCACGACCUGUUUUAUUUUGAUCCACAUACUGUCAAGGCUCGGGCGACCCAUGAAGAGAUGUCGCACUGCCCUUCACCUAGCUACCACUGCAACGUUGUGCGGACGAUGGAUAUUAUGGAACUGGACCCAUCGAUGAUGCUUGGGUUCUUGAUUCGGUCAAUGCAGGAUUUGACGGAGCUGAUGACAGAAAUGAAGCAUGGCAUGGAUCAACGUUAUUCGCUGUUCACUAUCGUCGGGAACCCUGUCCUCACUGCAGCCUCAGUUCCAGUGCCUGCUUCAGCUCCAGCUCAGAUUCCAGCCCAGGCUCCAGCUCCAAUUCUCGCACCAGUCCCAGCUUCAACGCCAGCUCCAAUGCUCGCGUCAGUUCCAACUUCAGCACCAACUCCAAUUCCUGUGCGUGCUGUUACUCCUACGCCAGUUCACACUCUUGCGCCAUAUCCCACGUUCGCGCCAUCUCCAGUUCCUGCACCAGCCCCAAUUCUCGCACCAGCCCCUGUUCCGAUGCCAGGUCCGAUUCUCGCGCCAGUUCAAACUUCUGCGCUUGCUCCACCAAUUCCUGCGCCAGCCCCGGUUCCGAUGCCAGGUCCAAUUCUCGCGCCAGUCCAAACUUCUACGCCUACUCCAAUCCUUGCGCGUAGUCUUACUCCUACGCCGGCUCCUAUUCUUGCGCCAUCUCCAAUUCCAUCCCCAGCUCCAGUCCUAGUUCCAGCUCCAGCUGUUGCCGCUGCGGCCCUCAACAAGGAAGCUGCUGUCGUGGAUGUCUUUAUCCACCGGCCUUCUUCCGAUAUGUCUACACCUGAUCAGGAAGUGCCAGAGACAGAAGAGGUAGCUGUGGAGGACGAGGACGAGGAGGAAGUGGACGAUGGGGUGAUUGUGUUAGAGGAACAAACGACAGUGGAGGAGGAAGUGGAGGUGGAGGUUGUGGAAGAGGAUGUGGUAGAGAGCAUUGUGAUGGAUUUCACCUUUGAGGUCCUUGAGCAGUUGGCAUUGGAGCUUGCGAAAUUACAACCCGUCGAGGAACUUGUUGUGGUUGAGAACAAGGUUGAAGAGAAGAAGGCAGAGGAGGAGGAGCAAUUGGUGGCGCUGGAAGAGGACGUUCUUGUAUCCUUGGAGGGCUUCGACUCGACGAUUAUGACACCUACCCCGAUGAGUCCAGUGACGAGCCCAGCGAUGAGUCCAAUGAGGAGUCCUAUGACAUGUCUAAUGACAGAUGUGGACCUGGAUGCCCCUCUGCCUCCUCUGCCUCAAUUUAAGCCUCUUAUUCCAGUACAGGUUCACCGACCGAUUUCGACGAGCCCGGUAGAUCCACGACCCAAGAAGGAGAUGAAGCGAAUCACCAGGGCGUUCCAGAAGGAAAAGUGGAUGAUCAAGCCGAGAAGCAGCAAAAGCAAGAAGGUGAACAGCAGCAGCCCUCCGGUCGAGGACGUGGCGACGACAAUGCAUGAUCAGACCGUGUACAAGUAUGCGACCAUGCUGGGAGAGGAGGAUGCUAUUUUCUUGCACGACCAGGAUACCCUUUCUGUCAAGAGCUUCGACUCUGAUAUUUCCUUCUAG